CCAUCGUGUGUGUGCGUUCGAUCCGUUGUUUGUGUUGUUUAACGUUGUUGACUGUUGUCUGUUGACGUUGUAGUCUCGUAGUGAGUAGUCGUAGCCCGCGGACGGUGCCCAGACGGUGUUAAGCCGGUGUUAGUGUUGUUGUUGUUGUUGUCGUUGUUCCCGUUUUUGUCAUCGUCUUCCUUUUUUUUUUUUACUACCGCUUUCUUGGAUGAAAAGGAAAUCGGUUUCCCAUUUCCAGACUUGUUCCCGAAUUAUGUAAAAGGAAACAAAACGGACACGGAUCAAACGGAAGUAGUUCCCGCUGUUGUCUGAGACAAGAGAUUCCACGUUAUUCUUUCAAACUGCUUCCUAGUCGCUGUCACAAGUCACAAGAACCAACAAAGGAAAUCAGAACCAAAAGCAAACACAUCAUGUCGGCGGGCUACAGGUCGGGAAAUAUGCCUGGUGAAGUUCUGUUCCAGUGGUUUUCUUGCUGUGUCAACCAACGUACCCAACAGGGAAAGAGUCACGUGAGACGAGUGCGGAUCGAUCGAUCCAUGAUCGGAGCACCCACGAACUUCCGGCAUACAGGACACAUAGGAUCGUCCGACGUGGAAAUGGGAUCAUCCAGAUUGAACGCCAUUCACGGACAAAUGCAGUCCAAAGGCGGUUACGAAGCUGUUAUCGAAGCUAAUUGAACUCUCUUAUUCUCUCCCUCUCAUUACUUUUCUGGAGAUCCAUAACUGCUGUGAUCGAAAAAACUACUCGUGUACUCAAGUGCGAAUUUGGUCUGUUAUUUAAAAAAAAAAUUUUUGUACUACAGACAACUAUAUGCAUAACGUUCGACAGUUAGUUGUUAGUUUUAUAUAAAUAUUAUUAUUAUUAUUAAUUUGUCAACUAUUAUUAUUAUUACACUAUUUUUUUUUUUUUUUUACUUUAUUUUUAAAUUUUAUUUAAUUCGUUGAGUGGUUUGUCGAUUGUAAAAUGUAUAUGAUGAACUAUCUUGACAAAUGCCUUAUGUGCCAACUAGUCCGGUUUUAUAUAUAUAAUUAUAAUUACUAAUAUUGUAUGUUUUUUAUAUAUAUAUAUUUAUAUAUAUAAACAUAAGUUUUAAUAAUUCAUUUUUAUGUUGUAUGUGUUUUUUCUUAUUGCGUUAGCACAUUUGUGUGUAACUUUUGAAAUAUUACUCUAAUCUUGUCAGCGAUAUACGAAUCAAAAUAAAUAUAUUUGUAUAGCUUAUUAAAUCUCUUCAUGGUUGUAAUUACCUAAAAAGAAAAAUUAUAA